CAGCCCAGGCGCGCUCCCGGACCGUUCCUCUUGUAGCGGGUGGAGGGAGAGCAAAAAAAAAAAAAAAAAAGGAAGAAGAUGAUGAUCAUCUCCGCCUCCCCACGCACGCGCCUCCUUUCGGGGACACGGGUUCGAUUCCCCCUGGGGGUCAACUAAACGCCCGCACUCGCUGCCGCCGCUUCUGUCCGCCUUUGGCGCGCCAUCAGCUCCAGCCGCCUUUGGCGCGCCCCCUCCCGACCUCACCCACUUUCACGCCGCUCCUUUUUUGAUUUAUGGACAUCACAAGCUCCGACUGACCGCAAGCCCACCGAGCCAAGAUGGAGGCGGCAAUGGAGAGGGAGUGCAGCGCCCUGGGGGGUCUCUUCCAGACCGUCAUAGGCGACAUGAAGGGCAGUUAUCCUGUCUGGGAAGACUUCAUCAGCAAAGCCAGCAAGCUGCAGUCACAGCUCAGGACGACGGUGGUGGCGGUCGCGGCCUUCCUGGACACCUUCCAGAAGGUGGCCGACAUGGCAACCGGCAGUCGAGGGGCGACGAGAGACAUCGGCUCAGCCCUCACCAGAAUGUGCAUGAGGCACCGCAGCAUCGAGGCCAGACUCCGCCAGUUCUCCAUGCUGUUUGUGGACUGCCUGAUCAACCCCCUCCAGGAGCAGAUGGAGGAGUGGAAGAGAGUCGCCAACACCCUGGACAAGGACCACGCCAAAGAGUACAAGAAGGCUCGCCAGGAGAUCAAGAAGAGGUCGUCGGACACGCUGAAGCUUCAGAAGAAGGCAAAGAAAGCGGAUGUAUUUGGCCGCGGAGACCUCCAGCCGCAGUUGGACAGCGCCAAGCAGGACGUCAGCGACAAGUACCUCCUGCUGGAAGAGGCGGAGAAGCAGGCGGUGAGGAGAGCGUUGGUGGAGGAGAGGGGUCGCUUCUGCUGCUUGGUGUCCAUGCUGCGGCCCGUCGUGGAGGAAGAGAUGUCCAUGCUUGGAGAGAUCACUCACCUUCAGACUCUGACUGACGACCUGAAGAUGUUAACCAUGGACCCCCACAAGCUGCCCCCUUCCAGCGAGCAGGUGAUUGUAGACCUUAAAGCCUCAGAGUGCACGUGGUCCUAUCAAACUCCGCCCUCUUCCCCCAGCACCACCGUGUCCAGGAAGUCCAGCAUGUGCAGCAGCCUGAACAGCGUCAACAGCAGCGACUCCCGCUCCAGCGGCUCCCACUGCCACUCCCCCACCUCCCACUUCCGUUACCGCUCCUCCUCGUCCUCGGCGCUCCCGCUGCAGACGCCCGCCCGCCUGUCUUCGGUCUCCUCUCACGACUCCGGCUUCAUCUCCCAGGAUGCCUCCCAGUCCAAAUCUCCCUCCCCCAUGCCUCCGGAGCAGUUACAGCUGCCCAACGGUUUUGACCAUCACGCUGCCUCCUGGCUGUAUGGUGUAGUACUACAGGACACCCCCCUCCUCCUGCCCUAUUUCACCUCCACCGCCGCCUCACCCAUGUCCCCGCCCUCCUCUUCGUCUGUGUCUCGCGUUUGGUGCUCCUCCAUGACCUCAUCAUCUAGAGUCCCAUCCUGGAAGGACUGGUCCAAGCCGGGCCCCUAUGACCAGCAUGUGCUCAGCACCCUGAGGCGGAGCAUGGAGAGACGAGAAGUGGGGGCUGAUGUCACCACUCCAGGGGAAGAGUUACAAGGAGUCAAAGGAAGCCCCUCUCUCGCAUCACCAAAGGAGGACAGGGCGGCGCACGAGGAGCUAGCUAAGGCGCUGGCCCGCAGCCUCCACCUGGACUUCCAUGGCUCCAGCAGGGACUCUCUGCAGGGCUCCAGCGGCUACAGCAGUCAGACCAACACACCGUGCUGCUCCGAGGACGCCGCCCCCUCGCAAGACUGCGACUACUUCUCUGUGGGGACGGAUCAGGAGGCCGACCAGCCGAAUGCUGACUUGGAAAGGGCCCUCGGCGUCCCGCGGCCCGGAGACGGCGGUCCGCCGUGCCGCCGUGUGUUCCAGUCCAAACGUACGGCGUCCACCUGCCUGCCCUCGAGCAUUUCUGCGGUCAUCCCGGCAGGGGUGGCGACCAUUCGACGAACGCCAUCCUCCAAGCCCAACCUCAGACGUCCGUCGCAGGGCCUCUCUUUGGGGCCCAUCCCCAUCAAGCCCCCAAUGGUCCCGGUCAAGACCCCCACUGUGCCGGAGCAUUCCGGGUUCCCCAGCAGCAGGCCGUCAGAGGACGGAGGGACGCCACGUACACCCCUUAGCCCCCCAAAGACCCCCCUCUCCUUAGGGAGCAGCGGACCAUUUUCCCCUCACUUGGAUCUGUGGGAUUUGCGGCACCGGGGCGGGGGAUCCGACCCACCUACGCCACCGCCGCAGACGGGACGGUGCUCCGAGAUGGAACGGCGUCCCCUCCCGGAGCUGCUUGAGGAGAGCGAACACGUUGAAGGCGUGGAAGAUUUCCUGGUGGCGAUCCGGCGCGGCGUCAAGCUGAAGAAAACCAAAACGAACGACCGCUCGGCACCGAGGGUCUACUGAAACCACGUCUGAUGGCUGCCAUUUAGCUGUACAAAGACUUUAGGAGCAAACAAAGCGACACACAAUAAUACUUUUGAAAAUGCUGCAGCUGUUCCUGUCGGUGCACCGAGGACAAAUCGAGUCAUGUAUUUUUCCUGUUUGCGAUGCCGACUGAAGCACUUCUCCCUUUAAGAGGAUGAGUCGGACAUGUUGGUUCCGCCUUGAGGAUCGUUACCUGUUUGUGCCAAACGUGAGCAAAGUGUGCCUCACACGAGUCGUGCGGCUCAAACGCGUCAAUCACUCUUUGAAUGUUUUCUUCUGCACGCUCCCGCUUCAAGUGCCAAAAGCUCCAAUACGUGGUCGUAUUUUUAUGAGUUUGGCCUCGAAAGACUUCAAGCUAAAAGUGUUUGUACAAUUAAGGAGCGCUAGCAUGUUGUUGCUCUUUGUACAUCCACCAAGAAGGAUGUUGUACAAAAACAUUUGCUGUGUUUCAAUUUAGUUUGUACAUUUAUUUGCUCCCAGUAUGUCAAUUACUAUAAAUCAAAUCAGAUGCAAUAUGAUAUAUUAUUAGUAAUAGGCUGUUGGGGAAACACUGACAUGAGACUAAAUGGCCCUAAAAAUCCAUCCAUUUUCUACCGCUUGUCCCUUUUGGGGUCACGGGGGGUGCUGGAUCCUAUCUCAGUUGCAUUUGGGCGGAAGGCGGCGUACACCCUGGACAAAUCGCCAUCUCAUCGCAGGGCCAACACAGAUAGUCAUAAAGUGCAAAUAUUUAGCUGACACAACACCCUCUGGUGGACAUGUAUGGAGGCAGUUUCUGUAUGCUGAGUAACGGCAAUGAAGAAUGCACAGCUAGCAUAGCAUUAUUUAGAAUAUUUUGUGUUUUUUGUGCUUGACAUUGUUUAUUUCUCUUGUUCAUAGUGUCCAGUAAGUACAUAUCGUCUACGAACAGGCUUCUGUGGCCAUUGAGCCAAAAUAAGAAAUGGUUGUUUUUGACGUUUGAAAAUCGGCGGUUCUUUCACAAAUGUACUUUUCCAGCGAGACUCGCGUAGUUAAUAAAGAUGCGGGCGGAUUAAUGCUGCUAAAACCAAUCCAAUGCCGUAGGUCAACAAAUGCGAGGCCAAUGUUUCUCAAGUAGUGGAGAGCAGCAGGGGAUAGUCUAAUUAAUUACUCUCUAGUGUUAAUGUUAGCUUGCAUCUUGGUGGCAGUAGUGCUUAAUCUAAUCAACAAGCUCUUGAACAGCGCUAACGAAGAAGUUUGUGACGGGAAUGAAAAGAAAAAAGACAUAAAACUAACUCACAGUGCUCUGUAAGGAUUAAAAAAGAGAAUAAAGUUCUCAGUAAUAAGUUAAUUCGUAGGUGUCAUGACAGGCCAAGAGAUUGAUACAAUGCUGAUUACACGUACAUGUCCUCUAAAACUGACUUCGAAACAACGUUGCAAAAUAGCUGUAUAUAUAAAUUGAGACAACAUUGAUGUGUAACUUUCGAUCCACCUUGUUGUUUGGGAAACUACCUAAUUUCAAUGUGCCAAUCAACGUCACAACUUGACUUUGAAUAAAUGUUGUUGAAAAUCAUGUUUCAACGUUGUAUUUGUGUGGUAAACUAUUGGUUGGAAAAUGACCAAAAUUCAAUAGUGAAUAUAACGUCAGAACCUGACAUUGGACAAACGUCAUCAAAAAGCAUGUGGUUCGAACGUCAGGACCUAAUCCCAACAAGUAAUCAACGUUGUUUCAAUAUCUUGUGCCUGCUGGGGAAGCACUGAACUAAGUCAGGGGUUCUUAACUUUGUUGAACUCAGAGCUGUACUUAUCCACUGGAGGGUUUCUAGUCCCACACAUAUAUUAACACUGAAUUAGUAAUUAUACUCUUGAUUUUAGUCCAAUUCAAUAAUAUUUAACCUUCUUACAGUUUAACAUGACAUGAAACCAUCUGUUAAUCACAAAGAUUAUUAUCAAGGCUAAGGUUAGGCUGACAACAAAAAAUGCUUAUCAGAUAUAAUGCAAAUGAAGGAACUCAUAAAAACUUAUGAAAAAUAAAUUUACAUACAAUUUUACUAAAAUGAUCAUUGAUAAUAUUAUUAAUGUGUUUCUUAAAUAAACUGUCACUAAAAAACACACCAGUUUAUUCAUAUUUUUUUGCGUUAAAGAAACUUCUCUGUUACUUUACUUUGGCGCCAGACUUCUUCCGUUUGUCUGAUCUUGUGUUUACUGCCACAAAUAGUAGAAAAGUGUAUCAAAACUGAGAACCACUGUGGUCCGUAGAAACAGAUCAUUUUUUGGCGGCCCUCUGGGGGGCGUUUGUGCUUUAUGGUUAAGAAAAACUGUGCUAUCUGAACAAAAUGUAUAGCUUUGUGUUAUAGGUGAGAGAGCAAAGUAGCAUUACAUCGAAUAUAUAAAGUAGAUAAUAGUUAUGUUUUUAGAAUAUGUUGAGGGCUAAUAAUAAAAACAAGCUGAUGGCUGUUACCUAAUUAUUUAAGUUAUAGCUCAGCAACAUCAAUUAGUGGAACGAUGUCUUUUAAAAAUGCUACAAACGUAGACUAUGACCUUCUUGACCGUUGUUAAUUGUCGCAAACUAACUUGUGUUAGCGUUACGAGCUAAUCUACACAACUGUUUCUGGGAUGCUGUUGAUAUGUUGUAUGUAUUCACUCACAUGUUGAGGUGCAUUUCUUUGGAGCUUCUAGAAUACAUUACAUGACAAGUGUUGUCCUUUUUUUGUUGUUUUUUUGCUCAAGAACAUUUAGUACUGUUUCUGCUGGACCAAAACACAUAUUAGAUGUGCAGCUGGUUCUGGUUUUACUACAAAGUGGGAUAGCAGUUUGGAUAGCUGAAUGAUCACUCUACUCUGUCGUUUGGCUGAUGCACUGAGCAGAUGAAGCCCAAUGGCGGCCAGAAAUAAAUGACACUUGUCCAA